AUGGGUACCGGCAGCGUGAUGGUUGGUUUGCACGGAAGUUCAAAAUCGCCGCAUGCUGGGGUGGGCUGGUUGGCACGAGUCAAUCCGGCGCUUACUUCAGACCGUUGCUUGGCCUGGCCGUUUCCGUCCCAGUCAACCUUGCUCCUUGCUGGUGUGCUGGCCGAAGCCUUCCUUCUGGAAACGUCAACAGAAUAA